GGGGAAUGGGGAAUGGGAAAGUCUUCCCACUUUCUACUACAAUUUGUUUCUUCAGUAUGCUACCGUCUGACGUUGAAGGAGGAUGUGUUACCAGUGAUCGAGCGACAGUUAAGUUUUCAUGAAGUUUUGUGAUUUUUAUAUCGACAUAGAAAUUAUGUCGACUCGAAAUGGGUAAUUUAUCAACUGUAGUGAAGUUUAGUGCAGUACUUUUUUCCUGCUUUAUGGAUUUUACUUGGGCGGAAAACGAAUUAAGAGAUAAGUCAUUCGGCACCCUGUGACUAGUGUCAAACGCGCCAACAACCACCAGGCAGUAUUUCCACAGAUACCCAACAAGAAACAUACAUCACGAAUCGAACAUUUACAAAAUGCAUCGAAGGUCAAGGAGGAUGUAAGAGGUGCAGAGAUGGAACAUGUGCGAGAUGUGCAGUUCUUUUACACCAGGGAACUUGUGUCGACUCUUGUCCACCCGGUCACAUUGCAGACUGGUCAACCAGAGAUGAAUACAUGGGCAGAGUUUGUAAAGAAACUGGAUAUAUGUUUGGAUUCACUGGUAGUCAGGUAGCCAUCUUUGUAGGGGUUGUUUCUGGAGCAACUAUAUGUAUCCUCAUCAUAUUAUGUGGAGCUAUAAUUGUGCAUCGUAGAAAAAAGAAAACAGCUAAAUUUAUUCAACAGUUUGAGGAUAGUGCAGAGAGAAGAGAAUUUUUAAAACAUCUUGCAUCACUUAGAGGGGAAGGUAAUACCUUCCUUUCAAUGCUCAAUGAUACUAGAAGACAAGUUAGAGAAUUAUACUAUUCUGGAAAUAAUGGAGAUGGGGCUGUUGGAAUUCAAGCUUAUAGACCAGUCUUACGCGACUUAGCGAGGAUAUUAGUUCUUAUUAAUAGAAGAGAUGAAGAAAUACCAAUUCCUCCAGAUGAUUGGCAAAGAUUAUUUUCUUGGGCAGAAAGGCUUCUAAGACGCUAUAAAAGACACAGUUCUCCAGAAGUGGCUCAACUUGUGACAUUCUUGCAACAACCAGCAGCAUCAGUACAAACAAACACACCACAACAAGUAACAAUCACACAAUCACCUCGCCCAUAUGAGCUGAGAACUGCUGCAACUAAUCUGACUACAUUCCAAGCAAAUAUACCACUUACAACAUUUCAAGCAAGUGACAAAUCAAGUAUAAGUCCUGCAAGUUCCAGUCUUGGAUAUGUAAAAGACAGUCCUUUAAGUUCCAGUCUAGGACAGAACAGUUCGGGAGUAUAUCAUGAGAAACUUAGUCCAAAUGGAUCCAGUAUAGGACAAACAACCCCAUUAGUAUAUGACAACCAAAAGCAAAUAAAAUCAUCGAAUAUACAUUUUCAAGAACUUGCCAUUUCAACUUUUAAUCAUACUUUCACUACUGGUGCAACAUUAACAGAACCCACUUGUGAAAUAGAUCACUGUGAAACAACUGGACUUGAUCAUGAAUUAAAUCCACAAUGGGAAUUUCAAAGUUCUACAGAGGCUGCUAACUACACAAUUCUAUCCGAUUGGUCACCUGCCCGUGAAUAUUUGAUCGAUGAUUUCACAAUUCUUGGUUUUCGACCUCAAGAUGAAAUUACUACGGAAUUGUAAAUAACAUAUUGUAAUGUCUACGCAUGUAUAUUUGUUUAUAAAUAUGUAUACGUAUGUAUACAUAUGUAUGUACACAUGUAUAUUUCUUCAUAUAUAUAUUUAAUUAAUUUUCUAUUUUUGUCAUCAAUGAAAAGCUCACAUAUUAAAAAAAUAUUCAAAAUCUAAACUAAAUAAUAGAGAAAUGCGAAAGAUUAAAUAAACAAAUGCUCUUUUCUCAACAGUUCUAUCAUUUAAUAUUAAUCAAUCUAUUUAUGCAAUUGUGGAAUCAUGUAUCUUUAUUUGAUACUAAUUAUAUUUUUUUCUUGAAGAUAAAAUGAUUUUAAUGUUUUUAUAAAAUAAUUUUUAAUUUUUACUAUUUCU